GUUGGGGGAUGUGGAACAUGGUGAAGCGCACAUAGGAUCAUGGGGGACAUAACCAAGUUUUGGUUUAGUAGGAAUCUUGGUGAGAUGGGGUUACAGAGUGUGUGUGUGUGUGUGGGAUGCAGGUACAGUGUGUGUGAGAUGGGGUUAGUGUGUGUGUGUGCGCACGCUGAUCAACUCUCCUCCUUAGGUGUUCCACAUGACGACGUCCCCCGCACAUGAUGUUUUAGCCUGAUCCUUUUCUUUUCCAGCACAGGCUUGAGUUCGCUGCGCUUCAUCCCUAACACAAGCCCCGCCAACGUCUCUCCUAGCUUGCCUUUCUACUCUGCAACACUCCUUUGAUUUCCUUGGCCAACGACGUUGCCUGUGGAGAAAACAUGACGAUCAUCUUGUGCCCGGGGGGGUUCUGUGGCAUGUCCCCCAAGGCUGGGGCCACUGUAGCUGCUGUCUACAUGAUCCUAGUGACCAACAUGUACCUGAUCUUCGAGGUUGGCCACUUGGAACGAGCAAUGACGGACAUGGCACAAAUCAAGCCCUUCAACUUGACCGAAGUGGGGAAGAUGCUACCGUAUUGCUACUAUACAGCCAUCAUGCUGGCCGUCAAGACCUACCCGGUGUGCGUCUUCCUCAUCUACUCAGUCCACAAGUGGCUCUCCAUGGGCAUGUUCGCCUAUGUCGCAUGGAUCAUCUUCUAUGAUCUGGCUAACUGCCUCAUCGUGGCCGUGGCUUACCAGGUCUCCAAAGAAGCCUGGUUUCCCCUCAGCCCCCUGGAGUGGUUUGGGCUGGCCACCAGGAUCCCCAUGGAUUGCUUCUGGCUCGCCUUCGUUGUCACGUAUGCCCUGACGAUUAUUGAAAGCAAAGGGCAAGGAAGGAUGUCGCUCAGGAUGAGGCGGUCGAAGAAGAACGUGUCAGAACCGCCCAGGUUUAGGUUGGGCUCCACUGCUAGGCAAGGCGUGUGAGGGGAGGUAUCAGAGCAGUACGUUGGGCCCCAUUUUCGUAUAUUUCCUACUGAUGGAGAUGAAAGACCAUUACCCGUGUAAUCUCCUUCCUCUGUUGUGUAAUUCAGUGUUUCUCUUGCUGUUGCUGCAUUUUCCAGGCUGUGAGUUCAAGUCCUGAAUAAAUACCCCAA